AUAAAUAAUGAAGUGUCGUUAUUUAUGAUUAAAAACUUUGAAGCGCAGUGACCUUUGACCUUCGACCCACGAAAAGGAGGAAAAGGUUAGCAACGAACGUAACGUCAUUUGAUGAUUUUGGAACUAGCAGUCUACUUUGUGAAUAGACACUUACUACACGUGUAAUAGGGGUAUAAAAUAUUUCUUAAAUAUUAUUACUAAUUAAUCCACCUAGUAUAUUUGUGGCAUUGUUUGUGUUGCCUUUUGUUUUCUUCUCGUUUUUGUUGUUAGCAAGCUAGCUAACGAGCUUGCUAUCUUUAAUUAGCACGAAGUUACAGAGGUUUAAUUUUCGACGGAGCUUUUUUGCUAACACCCGACAGACAAUAUGACAGAUAGCGAAGACGAGCUGGUGGUUCUGACGGACAUCUCGUCUCCGUCCCUGGAUGCGUUCAAAGACCUGCUUCGAGAAGACGGGGUCGGAGAAGCGCCGGAGUUCGCGGAGGGACAUCAAAACCCUGAGCUCCGAGAGGACGAGCCGUUGGCGCUGUUGGCUGACGUUGCUCUGGCGCCAUCUUGCGGCAGGUCUGUGUCCUUCAGCUGCCCAGAGGUCAGUGGGGUGACGGGGAACUUGCAUUCAUUCCAGCUGCAGCUCCAGUUCUUUUUAAGCAGAGUGGACGAGUUGCAGGAUAGCCUCGUUAGUGGGAAUCGCCAUCUAGACAGAGAGGCUCUUGCUGCUGCAGUUUCCAGCCUGCUGUACUCCUGUCAGCCUUAUUUUAACCACCUGGAGUCCACAGGUCGGAGCUCAGUGUCACUGUGCGCCCAUAACCCAGCUGAAUUUUGUUCAAAGCUGUUGAGCUUCUCUCAGCAGCUGUGUGACAGGUUGGAGCAGCUGUUGCUGACCUACGCCAGCCAUGAUCUCAUCAGUUUGGAUGAGGCCGAACCCAACAGCAUAUCUCAUUUCUGCGUUGGCCAGGUUCAGCUGGGCCAGAUGAAGGUGAUCACCUUCCGUUACUGCAAGCCGACACCGUAUCUGUCCCGCGUUGACACUGGAGUUUACAAACGCAUGCGCUGGAAUGUGGAGAGACGCCAAGAGGAUCAUCGGAGAGGAGAGGACAGCGAGGAAGAAGAAGAGAUCCAGACUGAUUACUACUUCCUGUGUUAUGAGGACAUCCAUAACACACAUGCUGACCCAGACUCAGAGAGCGAAGACGCCUCUAACAAUAACGUGGUGAGGAUGUGGUCCAUCGGUCAGUGGGUGCAGGUGAAGCCAGAACGGACUACAGACAAUUUAUACGACUGGAUCUUGUGCGAAGUCCCCGAGGCCAGCUAUCGCAGGCUGCUGUUCCUGGGCCGCAACGAGCCGUCCAGCUGCACGGCGACGGACUAUCUGCAGCAGCUGCUGCUGACGUGCCACGCUGACUGAGCUCAGGCCUGCAGGAGGAGGACACACACGUUAGUUAAUGCACGGCAGCAGCUGUAGCUAGGAUAAAACCUGGAGUGUCAGGAUGUAGCUUUGAAGGUAUCAGGCUAAACUGAUACAUAUGGUGCUGAUCAGAAGUUUCAUCUGAAUAGUACAUAAUUUAGGGCUUGGAAAUACAGAUUUGGAAGGAUUUUCUUUUCCCUGGAUUGAAGAUACAACUUAAAGGAUUUUAUAAAUCUAACAUUGUGCGGAAAUAUAUCGAUAUAUAAAGUGUAGAUUUAUAUCGUUUUUGUAGCCAUUAAAAUUGGCCCUGGCUUCAUUUUUGACCUGUUCUCAUCAUUGGAAAUAAGAUUAUUCAUUCAAAUUGUUUGGUUUCCUGGAAAGGACUCAGGUUUGAAUCAUCUCACAGCAAAAACACAAACUUAAAGUAUUUCUAGUGAAAAUAUCUUAGUACACUUGAAAUAAGGCAAAACUAACUUACAAGAAACUUUGAAGCAGG